AAAAAUCAGUUGGGGUAAGUCUCAUUAAAAGCCGGCAAAAUAUUCCGAGAUUUCUUGAAAAAAUUAUUUUAUAACCCAACUGACGCCAAACGGAAGAUCUCUGUCUCUGUGUAUAAUAGACAAUGCGUUUGGCAAUAUUUUUAUUAAUAUUUUGCAUAUGCGAAUAUGCUCUUGGAGUAGAUCCAACAAAUUUUAAAACAUGUGAACAGAGCAGUUUUUGCAGGCGAAGCCGCAAAAUACAACCAGGCAAUUCUAAAUUUGCCUUGGUGCCUGGCUCCAUGAACACCUAUUCUAACUCAAUAACUGCCGAUUUAAUCAAUAAAGACACUCAUCAUUUGUAUGUUUUAAAAUUAGAAGCUUUAGUGAAUAACAAAUUCCGUCUUUUGAUUGAUGAAAAAACACCACUGAAACCCAGAUAUAAAGUUGAACAUGUUCUAAUUGGAGAACCUCAGUCUGAAACUCUAACUGUUGUCAAAGAAGAUAAAUCCGAAAUAGUUUUACAAUCGGGUUCCAAUAAGGCUGUUCUAUUUGCUGAUCCCUUCCGCGUAGAUUUCUAUGAAAAUGAAGUCUUGGUUGUGUCCGCAAAUGCCAAAGGUUUAAUGAAUUUCGAACAUCUUCGCCCCAAACCACAAAAAAAUUCUGAUGGCAAUCCACCUGAAGAGGAGGGUGGUGAGGCAGCCAAUGCUAUUCCCCAAACGCCCGAAGAUAGUGAUCCAGGAGCCUGGGAAGAAAACUUUAAAUCGCAUCAUGACUCCAAGCCUUAUGGACCUGAGGCAAUUGCUUUGGAUUUCUCUUUUCCUGAAGCCGAGGUACUCUUUGGUAUACCCGAACAUGCUGAUUCUUUCAUUUUGAAAUCGACUUCCGGUUCGGAUCCUUACCGUUUAUACAAUUUGGAUGUCUUCGAGUAUAUUAUUGAUAGUAAGAUGGCUUUGUAUGGUUCCAUACCGGUGCUGUAUGGUCAUGGGCCAAAACGCACUGCCGGUGUCUAUUGGCAAAAUGCUGCUGAGACCUGGGUUGACAUCUAUUUGACUGAACAAAAUGUUGUCUCCUCUAUAGUGAAAUUAGUUUCUGGCUCAAAUAAAGUCGAUCCCCCAGCUGCCCAUUUCAUGUCAGAAUCUGGCAUCAUAGAUGCUUUCAUUUUGCUGGGUCCCAAACCCAUGGACACCUUCAAGCAAUAUACCGCACUUACCGGCGUGGCACCUUUGCCUCAAAUGUUUGCCCUGGCCUAUCAUCAGUGCCGUUGGAAUUAUAAUGAUGCCAAAGAUGUGGAGACUGUAUCGGCCAAUUUCGAUCAUUAUGACAUUCCCAUGGAUAUUAUGUGGUUGGACAUUGAAUACACCGAUGGCAAAAAAUAUUUCACCUGGGAUCAAUUCAAAUUUCCCGAACCCUUGAGCAUGAUUAAGAACUUAACGGAUCUAGGUCGCCACCUGGUCAUUAUUAUUGAUCCUCAUAUUAAACGUGAUGGUGGUUAUUUCUUCCACAACGAUUGCACUGAAAACGGCUAUUAUGUUAAGACACGUGACGGCAAGGACUAUGAAGGUUGGUGCUGGCCUGGUUCAGCCAGUUAUCCAGAUUUCUUCCGUCAAGAUGUCAGAGACUACUAUGCAAAUCAAUAUCUGUUGUCUAACUUUAAGACUGUCACCAAUGAUGUCAUGUUUUGGAAUGAUAUGAAUGAGCCUUCGGUGUUCAAUGGACCUGAGGUUACUAUGCCCAAGGAUAUGGUACAUUAUGGUGACUGGGAGCACAGAGAUGUGCAUAAUUUGUAUGGCCAUAUGCAUAUUAUGGGCACAUUUGAGGGCAUACUAAGACGCGAUCCCAAACAGAGACCUUUCAUUCUGACUAGGGCCCACUUUUCGGGAUCUCAGCGUUAUGCUGCCAUCUGGACUGGCGACAACAUGGCUGAUUGGGGCCAUCUACAACAUUCCAUUAAAAUGUGUCUCUCUGAAGCAGUGGCUGGUUUCUCCUUCUGUGGUGCCGAUGUUGGUGGUUUCUUUGGCAAUCCCGAUGCUGAAUUAUUCGAGAGAUGGUAUCAGACUGGUGCUUUUCUGCCAUUCUUCCGUUCUCAUGCUCACAUCGAUACGAAGAGACGUGAACCUUGGCUGUAUCCUGAGAAAACUCGUUUGGUCAUACGUGAUGCCAUACGCAAGAGAUAUUCGUAUUUGCCUUUAUGGUACACCAUGUUCUAUGAGCAUGAGAUGGAUGGUAGUCCUGUUAUACGUCCCUUGCUUACCCACUAUCCCAAGGAUAAAGAAGGUUAUGCCAUCGAUAAUCAGCUAUUGUUGCAAGAUCGUAUUUUGGUAAGACCUGUUAUGCAACAGGGCGUCAGUAAAGUGGAUGUAUAUUUCCCUGCUCUGGAUGAGAAACGAACAGUUGGUGAUUUGUGGUAUGAUGUGGAUACAUUCCAGAAAUAUGAUCGUGUUGGAAGGGAGACCAUACAAGUCAAUGAUUAUAAGAUUCCUGUUUAUCAACGUGGUGGCUCUAUUGUACCCAAAAAGGAACGCAUUCGCCGUGCUUCAACCCUCAUGAAGAAUGAUCCAUACACUUUGAUUGUUUGUCUCGAUCGUAAGGGCAAAGCGGAAGGCACCCUAUACCUGGACGAUGAGAAAUCUUACGAUUAUCGUCAAGGCAAAUUCAUCCAUGUCAACUAUAGCUUCGAUGGCGGUAAGCUGACGAAUAAUUUCAUCAAACCUCCCAACUAUGAAACCAAAGCAUGGAUCGAACGCAUUGUUAUUGCUGGCCUGGAUCGCCAGCCAAAAUCGGCCACAAUUACCAUUAAUGGAGUCACUGACAAAUUGGAUGUCUCACCAUUCGAAAAGGCCUUUGUUAUACGCAAACCGGGUGUGGGGAUUUCUAAAGAUUUUGAAAUUAAACUCAACUAUUAGGUGGAUUUGAAAAAAAAAAAAAUAAAUUUUGUAGAAUAUAGUUGAUUGUACGCAUAAAUGCAGCUUGUUUUAAACAGGAAAGUUGGGAGAGAUGAUUACAUAUAUAAAGGUGAUGCCCGCUUAAUACCGAGACAUUUAUUAUUUCUAUAAAAUUUCCUCCUAUUUUAGACAUUUGUAUUAGGAUUUUUUUUUAUUUGUAACAAUCAAACAUGUAUUUGUGAUGUUUCGUUUUUAAUUUUAUUCUAAAUGAUUUGGAAUGUACGAAAAUAAAUCGUUUAAAUACUCCAACACA